CCUUUCUAUGCUUGGGUGAAACAUUUCCUUCUAUUGUCUUCUCCGGCUUGGUUAAAUCUUCCAAAAUGCUGGUGAAGGCGACGGGAAGAGUAUCAUAUCAUUUCUCUUUUGUCCGUGGCCGGCUUCUCGUAUGCGCCGCUAGCGACUGAUAACCAGGCGGCACCGGCGAGGGGUUUCAGCUUCUUUUUCUCUGCCUGCACUCAGUUGACUCAGUUGACUCACAUUGCGGAGUAAUAGGAUCACUGCCAAGGAGAAAUUGUAUCGGAAAAAUGCAUUUGAGCGAGAACGAAGGCAUUGAGGGCAGUACCUUCGUAGUGACCGGAGGUCUCGGCUUUGUCGGCGCCGCUCUUUGUCUUGAGCUCGUUCGCAGAGGUGCGCGCCAGAUUCGGGCGAUUGAUUUGCGGAGCACUUCGCCUUGGUCCGAUGAUCUUGAGAACAAAGGAGUCCACUGCAUCCAAGGGGAUAUCACUGUCAAAAAGGAUGUUGAAAGAGCUUUACGUGGUGCAGAUUGUGUAUUCCACCUUGCUUCUUAUGGUAUGUCAGGGAAAGAAAUGAUCCAAUAUGGCCGUGUAGAUGAGGUGAAUAUAAACGGAACUUGCCACAUAUUGGAUGCUUGCAUUGAAUUUGGGAUCAAAAGGCUUGUCUACACAAGCACAUACAAUGUUGUGUUUGGGGGAAAGGAGAUUUUGAAUGGCAAUGAGGCCUUACCUUAUUUUCCUUUGGAUGAUCAUGUGGAUUCUUACAGCCGAAGUAAAUCUAUAGCUGAACAGCUGGUUCUAAAGAACAAUGGUCGUCCUUUUAAGAACAAGAGCGGGAAAUGUCUUUAUACCUGUGCAGUUCGUCCAGCAGCUAUCUAUGGGCCUGGUGAAGAUAGGCACUUUCCCAGGAUAAUAUCUCUGGCAAAGUUGGGUGUGCUGCCAUUCACAAUAGGUGAAGCAAAUGUAAAAGGAGAUUGGAUUUAUGUUGAUAAUCUUGUGCAUGCACAAAUAUUGGCAAGCAUGGGACUCUUAGAUGACAUUCCUGGGAGAGAGAAACGUCCAAUAGCUGCUGGGCAGUCCUACUUCGUAAAUGAUGGUUCUCCAGUAAACAUUUAUGAAUUCCUCCGCCCUCUUCUCAGAAGCCUGGAGUACGAUCUGCCAAAGGCUUCGUUGCCUGUCCCUUAUGCUCUUUUCAUGUCUAGGAUUAACUGCAUGAUCUAUACGCUCUUAUAUCCAUGGUUGAACCGAUGGUGGCUUCCACAACCACUGAUGCUUCCUGCUGAAGUAUACAAGGUGGGUGUAACCCAUUACUUCUCUUACCUCAAAGCUAAGGAGGAGCUUGGCUAUGUUCCGCUGGUGAGUCCUCGAGAAGGAAUGGCUGCAACCAUCUCAUACUGGCAAGAAAGGAAAAGAAGAAGCCUUGAAGGCCCUACACUUCAGACAUGGUUAUUUUGUAUUAUCGGAAUGUUUGUUCUAUUCUGUGCCGCUUACUUACCAGAUAUUGGGCCUGUGCCCAUCUUCAGAGCAAUCAGUCUUUUCUUCCUCCGCUCAAUGGCGAUAAUAAGGGUGGUGUUUCUUCUAGCUACUGCAGCACAUAUUGGCGAGGCUGUAUACGCAUGGCACUUGGCCAAAAGGGUGGAUCCAGCGAACGCAAGAGGAUGGUUUUGGCAGACUUUCGCUCUUGGGAUAUUUUCACUCCGUUUCCUCCUGAAGAGGGCCAAGAAAUAAGGACUAGCGCAUCCCUUCUUUAAUGUACCUUCGGAUGUUCUGUGUUAUUGUUUAAUGGGAAAGUUGUGUUUAUAGGCUGUUAUAUGAGAAAUAUAUGAUUUUGCCAAAAGGGUGGAUCCAGCGAACGCAAGAGGAUGGUUUUGGCAGACUUUUGCUCUUGGGAUAUUUUCACUCCGUUUCCUGCUGAAGAGGGCCAAGAAAUAAGGACUAGCCCAUCCCUUCUCUAAUGUACCUCCGAGUGCUCUGUGUUAUUGUUUAAUGGAAAAGUUGUGUUUAUAGGAUGUUAUAUGGGAAAUAUAUGGUUUUGAAAACCCAUAUAACUAACUGAAAUAUGGGUUUUGCCUGGUAAUGAGAAAAAUA